AUGAGUACCGGACAAUCGCAGCAAUUCUGUGUUCGCUGGAACAGCCAUCUGGGCAGCUUGGGAGCAGCCUUUCCACAGCUUUUGGCCGGCCAAAGGUUCGUCGAUGUGACGCUGGCAUGCGAAGGGCACCAGGUGCACUGUCACCGGCUGGUACUGGCCGCGUGCUCGACGUACUUCGAAAAUCUCCUCGGCGAAAACCCGUGCCAGCAUCCAAUCAUCAUCCUCCCGCGCGACAUCAAGCUCUGGGCCAUCCAGGCGCUGGUAGAUUUCAUGUACAAAGGAGAAGUGAACGUAUCUCAGGCGGGUCUGCCGGACCUGAUGAAGUGUGCCGAAAUACUGAAAAUUCGCGGACUGUGCGGCUCGGACGCGUUGAAUCUGAAUCAAAUCCACAGCCCAACGGAAAGCUACCAGCAGCAGCAUGGCGCCGGUAGCGACUCGGGGAACACUAGUGCCAGUACAAAGCCAUCGGACAGUAGUCCUGCAUCAGCAACACAAACAGGCGGCGCGUUUCAACCUCAAUUCGAUCAGCACUCGCGAUCGCAACAAAACAGUUCUUCAAGCGGACCAAAGGGGCAGUUAUUGAGCAGCUUACACCUACGACCGGUCGUAAUGAGGGGUCAUCAUCAUCAGCAGCAACAGCACCACCAGGACGAAGGCAACACCAGUGAUAACGGUGGGGAUAGUGGCAAUGAGAUAUGCAUAAAGACAGAAGAUUUAAUGAUCGAUGAAGACACCAACAGCAAACAGUGCGACGAGGAUGAUGAACGUGAAGAUAAUGAUGGCAGCGACAAAAUGCCUGCAGACGCGCUCCUCCAUGUUCAUCCUGGGCUGGAUGUAGAGGAUGCUGUGGACGAUCAGAAUAGAAGGGAAGCACUGCAGGUGCCCGAGCAGGAGUUGAUGGAGGAGGAGGAGGAGGAGGAAGAGGACAGGGUGUCGAAGCAAAAUCGAUUGAUAAUGGAAAGAUUAGAUGGUCGGCAGAGCUCGGAGCAGCAGCAUGAGCCCAUGCCUGACUAUGAGCAGUACGCUGCCGGAAGCGAAGGACAAGAGGACGAUGAAGAUGACGAUGUGUUAGUGGUGAGAGAAGAGACAGAGGGUACACCGGCAACGAAGGACGGUGCCGCCGUUGGCAAGCAGGAGGAGGCACGCAGGAAAAGAAGACGCCACAGCACCAGCAACCAUUCCGAGAACAACAACGAACUGUCCAUCGUCGGUGCAACGGCUCCGUCGGAGUGCGGUGCAGGUGCCAAAGUAAACGCGACGAUCAGACAGACCGAAGCCGGCGAUCCACGGCGUACGAACGGUGCGCGAUCGAAUCAAGCGGUGCCAUCGCUAAACUCCCUGACCGGAUCGAAAUCGUUCGGCAGCAGUGCCGGCGGUUCGAUACGAGUAAAAUCGAUUGAGAAUCUCUUUGCAAACUACCAUACCAAACAAUCACCAAAGUCUUCCCGCGACAAGAGACGAGCCGCGCUGCUAGUGGGAUCCAGUGAGGGGAAUAACAGUGAAAAUGAGAGUGCCAGUGAACACGCCAACGGUGUACCGUCCUCGUUGGUGUACAAUCGGAACGAGAUGGAUAUCUACGUAACGCCGCAAAAGCAUCAGAAACGGUUCGGCCCGGAGCAGGAUUCGAACGGAGGUGAAACUGGUUCGGCAGUAACCGAGGAGGAGGGUGAUGGAUACGAGAACAUCAUCUGUUCGCCCAAUUUCCCCCAGCUGACGGGUGUGGUCGGUGGAUACAAAGCGGAGGAUGAAGAUGAGGAGGAAGACUAUGGUGACGAUUACGCCAUACAGCUGCUGGCCGAGGAGAUCGAUAGUAGUAUGCUAGGAAACGGCGGGGGCGACAGUGAGGGAGACGAGAUUCUCUACAAACCACCGCCACUGAUGGCCAUCGAUGGGAAGGUAUCCGCGAAGUCGGCAUCGAUGCGAACGUACGGAAGGAAUACGGUCGGAGGUGGACACGGUACUUCAUCCACACUAACGAUCCGUAAAAUUGAACGUCAAGCCCGUGGCAGUGGUCCUCAAUCGAACAGUUUAACACGAUCAACCCGUCGCCCCCGACUGAUGGCCCAUUCGAAAGAGGGCGGCCUGCAUCAACUGAUCAAAUCGAACGGAACGCCACCACCGAUCGCAUUCACGCUGCGGAACCCACGGGGCAACCAGCCGCGCACGUACAACACCGAAGCCCUUUGGGCAGCACUGAUGGAUGUUAAAGCGGGAGAAAGUAUUUAUCGAGCAUCACAAAUGCACAAAGUUCCUCGCAAGACGCUGCGGAAUUGGAUGAAACGAUGGGACAUCAAGUCCGCAUACCCGAUGCCAAGGCAGCUGAAGGAGGCGGCUGAGAAGAAGCGCAUCAUCAAAGAACUGACAACCCAAAUACAAUAGCAGCAUCAGCAGCAUCAGCAGCAACAGCAGCAGCAGCAACUACAGAUGCAGCAGCCGUUGCAGCCGGUGCCGCUCGAGCAGCCACAAAUAUGCCAAUCGGACGCGCCACCGCCGCCGUCCACCUUCCACUAUACCAACACUCUCCACCUAGCGGCGUCUUCCCCGUCGGCACCGGUGGCCGUUGUGGCGAAUUCCAUACCGAUCAUAUGGGGAUGAUAAGAACGAUGCCCAAGAAGGUGGAGGGCGUUUUUCUUUUCAAAACAACUAAAGCAAAGCAAAAAAAACCAACAAACAUACAAAACAAGCCAAGGAUUGUGGAUAUAGUCAAGCAGAAAAGUAUAUAGACAUUUAGAUUUAUAUAUAUACAUAUAUGUAUGAGAAGGCGAAUGUUACGAGAGUUGCAGUGAAACAGAAGAUAAAAUAGAUGCCAAGAUAGCGAUAGAGGAUACCCAGGGAAGCGUAACACUAAGAGAGUAUAUAUUAUUUUACAAUGAAACUAUUUGAAUGUAGGUGGACAGAGAAUCUUUUCUUCCGAAGAAGAUCAACUUACGUAGGCGCAUGGGUAGCAUUUGAAUCGUACCGGGUUUUGAUCUUCAAAUCCAACACACACUCCAUACCGUUUGAAUGAACCAUUUACUAAUCGUACAUUAACGUUGUCAUAGUAACUAUUUUAGAUGCCAAGCGAAACCAUCCUCUUAGGGAUGGGCGCAGGUAAGUGUGUGGAAGACUUAAAAGCUGUAAUGCAGGAUUAAUUAACAUAUUUUACGUUGCAAAUACUGACGAUGGAUUCAUAGCGUAUCGGUAUUUUGCGACUGAAGAAGCAACGCAGAUAUUGCCAAAAAAACACGUGUCAUAACUGUGUGGAAAACGACAUUUCCAAACAGAAAGAGCCGAGCUUGUUCCAGUGAACGCAAUGUGCGCCAAAAAUGUCUUCGGCGAUAUACUUUCCCCCGAAAUGGAUUGUAUCGGGGAGCUAGUAUGAGAAGUCUCCGAGCACGAGGGCACGAAGUCCCAAAAAAAAACAAACAAAAAAAAAAAUGGCCAAAUUGAAAACAUUAU